AUGCAGCGUAGGGCUGACGACCGCGGUAACUACACUGUCAGUGGCUUAGGAGCUCGCAAGCAGGAGGUCACAGCCGCCGGCGGCACCUCUCAAGACCUUGCUAUCGCCAUGCUGGAGACGUUAAAUGCAGGCGACGGCAAGACCGGUGACGCAACCAACUUUGGAAUUUUUAAGCAAAACUGGAUGAUGCUCCGCACAUCCACCAGCCAGUUCGAAGGUCUUACUGAGGGGGAUGUUGACCAGGGUGCUGUUUUGAACUCGGACCUUGCAGCCGACAUUACCGACCGCCAUGAGAGCCAGGAUCACUAUGGAUAUACUACCUGGUGCGCUGGACACCGCAAUGGCGCGAGUGGCUUAAGCAACCCUGACACUGAAGACAUUGCUACAUACAAAUCCGCCAUUGAGUGGAUCCAGCAGCAAAUCGACAGUGAUGAGGUGUAUCUAACUGAUGAUACCCGCUUCUGGGUAGACGUGACGGCUAUCUAGAUGGAAGCUGGACCUAGGGGUAUUCGUUGCGGUAGCAACUUCUUGUAUUGAAAUGGAUUGGACUUCAAGAACUGUAUGAUUUGCGAAAAUAUGUUGAUCUUCACCCGAGACUGAACCUUGGGUGUAGGGCUGCUGUCGCUCGUUUACAUUCCCAGUUCGAAUUUAACCAGUGUUUAUUUCGGUUAUACCCUUCCCUGUCUACCUCGAG